UGUCGGGACGGUGCCGAGCUUGGGAACGCAUAUAAGAACGAAGAGGAGCCCUAAAUUCGAGUGAUCUUGGCCACGUAGCACGCAUCCAAAUCCAUCUCACACCCGUUCAAUCGUCAUCUUUCGCACCUCACCUAUUGCCGGCACGAAUUCCCACUAGCAAAAAACAAUCGCAAACAUGACCAUCACCAGAGUCGGGCUCAUCGCUCUCGCCGACGACGUCAAGCGGGACGAGGCCAUCACGAGGUUCAGCAACUUUGCCAACGAUUGCAAGAAGGAAGACGGACAGACGUACAUCGUCGCUUCCAAGGCGAGCAAGUGCCAGGUCCUGACGGACGUUCCGGGCUCGCAGCCGUGGACUGUGGUUUACGAGAUUACGUUUGCGAACGAGGCGGAUAUGGAGUACUACCAGACAAAAGAUCCCAUUUACCAGGAGCUGAUGAGGCAGGCAGCCGAGGGCAAGGCCACCGGCUUCAUCGCGGUGUCGGCGACGGGAUUUUAGGUGGCUGGGCUACCGUUUCGACUCUGUAGCGUUUUGAUGAAUUCGAGCGACGUCUUCGAUGCGUGUGGCCUCCCGUCCCCGUGAUUGCUGCCGCGACCUUGGGCCAAUGCGCAAAGACAUAUGUGCCAGCC